AUGAGUUUUAAACAUGUGCUUAUACUGUUUUUAUUUUGUGCAGUAAAUGCAAAUACACUUAACAAUAAUGCAAAUAUUUUAAAAUUUAAAGCAUUUAUUUUGCAAGCACAAAACAACAAAUAUAAAAUUUUAAAUUUGCACAAUAACAAUAUUCAAAAAAUUAAGGAAAUUCAAAAGAGUUUCAAAACCAACGUGUUCAUAAAUAAGCAGAUCACGGACUUUUCAAAAACAGUUAACAAAUUUAAGUUGCAGUUAAUCAGUAUUCCAACUGUGUCUGUAGUCACUGAAUAUUUCAGAAACAAUAUAAAUAGCAUAAGAUUGUCAGCCUUACACUUUAUAAGAAUAUACAAAUUUGUAAUUUACAUUAGAUGUCUACUAGAGUGGUUACCCCAAAUAAAUCCCCAUCUGAACCCGUUUUCUUACAUAUUUACCUACACAAAUAGCUAUGUCCAGUUUUUUCAUAGAUAUGUCCCGAAUGUUCUUGGUAUAGAUCUAAGUGGUGUAUUUUCGUGGUUAUUUCUAGAAAUGUUAGAAAGUUAUUUAUCAUAA